UUGCAACUGCCAACUGUUCGAUUCGGCCCUAAAAACCGGUACCUUGAAAGCUCAAAUGCAACCCCGUUGGAUUUGCUGGCACCAUUUGCGAUUUAGGUGCGAAACUGUUUGAAUUGAAGCGAUUAGAAGAGCAUUAAAACACACUCAGCAUGAGUUUCUGUGUGGAAUACUAUAUGCUAUGCCUGCUAUUGGCAGUGUCGCAUUCAUUGGUGCAGAGUCGGGAUCAAGUGCUGGAGAAGCCCGUUACAGAGCUGUGCCUCACCUGCAUCUGCGAAGCCAUCAGCGGCUGCAAUGCCACGAAGAUCUGCAUCAACCCAGAGAAGGGCACCUGUGGCAUUUUUCGCAUCACUUGGGGCUACUGGGUGGACGCCGGCAAGCUGACAAUUAAUGGGGAGCAGCCCGACUCCGAGCACGCCUUUAUCAACUGCGCCAAUGAUCCACACUGCGCCGCGAAUAUAGUGCAGAAUUACAUGAAGAAAUUCAAUCAGGACUGCAAUGACGACGGCGAGAUGGAUUGCCAUGACUAUGCGCGGAUCCACAAGCUGGGUGCCUACGGCUGUCAGGCGGAGUUGCCCUACAACUACCAGACCGUCUUCGAGGAGUGCAUCGAUAACUAUGUAGAUCAGGGUUUCGAGUGAGCUUCUCCUACGGGAAGUUUGUUAUGUAUCCAAUAAAUAUCAUUGGAAAAUG